GGGGGAAGGCGGCGUACAUAAUCCAAGAACACCAUUGUAUCUUCCCGCACUUCCUUAUGGACUCAGAUAAAAAAAUUACCACGGGAAAUAUACAGACAAGAGUCAGUGCGUUAUGAAUAAUUGUGCGAAUGAAAAUCCAUUGACGUGAUAACUUAAAUUGUUUGCAUAUAUAAGAAGCGGCAGCGAUUGUCACAUCCAGUGAGUGAUAGGAGAAGAAGAAACGAACAAAAAAACAACUAGUGUGAUUUUUAUUGUGUCGGAAUAUCUUGUUAAAAAUGAAGGAACUAAAGCUCGACUUCUCGAAGAUCACCAAACACAGGUCCGCCACAGCGGAUGAAAUUACCACCAAAAUCAAGCACAUUGUCGACAAUUUUACCCACAGCUUUACAAUGGCGGAUUCGACUGUUACUACCACAGAAUCUCUUCUUAAAGCAUCUGAAGGGACAACAACAAAUGUCGUUAGUACUGUGACAGAUGCUAUUUCCGAUGCAACCACAAACAUUGAAGCCAUUACGGAAACUACGACACAAGUUGCAAGUGCCAUUACUGAUGCAAUCAGUGAUGUAUCUAGUGUUACAGAAAAGGUUGUCGAUGUUAUUACGGAUAAUGUUACACAGACAGCGACAGAAACUGCCACAGAUACAGUGAUCACUACAGCCAGGAGUGUCUACGAUCUAAUUACCUCAGUGAGAUCAUCGGUGGUAACAGAAACAGCUACACCAUCAUUGGAAAUAAGUACGGGCUCAAGUAAUACAGGCAUCAACAUCAACGAAGUAUUGAACACUACAGUAAGCGAAGUGGUCAACAAUGUUGAUUUAAAUGUUACCCAAAAUUCAUCGAACACGUCGGAAAUGAUCACAACUACUAUGGAAACAAUUACAGAAGUGAUAUCAGAGUCAACGGAUAGUGUAACGGCCAAUAACGCAAUCGUACCUGAAGUGAUCACCUCUACCGAAAAUGUGAUCAGCGUAAUCAGGGAAACUACUACUGAAAUACUAACAGAGGGUAAACACGACGAGAGCAAACACACCCUCUACAUCAUUUUCGCUAUUGUAAUAGCUAUGCUCAUUUUGGUGGCGAUAGUCAUGUUUGCCGCCUAUAAGGUGCACAAAACCAGAAAAAGUAAAUGUAGAGCCUAUGAUGUGACACAACUGAAGGAUGUCAGCACAUCCACAACAAAAUCAAAUGAUUGUGAUGAUGCUUUCAACGUAAAAAUAUAACCAAUUGUAAGAGAUUAUUGGUUAAGAUAUGUUACUAUUAAUAUUUGAAAAUAUUUCCCAUUCUACUCAGUGCAGUGCACAACUUAUUAUCUAUGUUUACUUAAAAUUUGUUAAUAUUAUUUAUAUAUUUUUUCGAUUAUGUUAUAUUGAUAAUUGUAUUAUUAGUAUUUUGUUGAAUAAUAAAGAUUAUUAAUUUAAAA